AUUAUAUAAAUUCAAGCAGUUUAUUUAACUUAUAUCAUUCAAUAAGAUAAACUUUGUGCAAUCAAGUCUAUGUGAAUAGUGUUUAAUAUAACAAAAAAUUCUUUCAAAUUUAUUAGUAAAAAUAACUUAAAUCAAAAAAUGCAAACAACAUUUAGAGUUUGCAAAUUAUAUUUGCUUUUAUGUCUUGGUUUAUCAACAAAUGCCAGUCCAAUAUUAAAUGGAUUAAAAACAACUUCAUCUAAUUAUCAACAGAAUAGUUCAUCAUUACAGCACGAAUCUAUGUUUUCUCCUAACUCAGAUUAUGGAAAUUUGGAAACCAAAUUGAAUUCACAGAUGGUUUCAGCAAUUGACCAAAGCUUGAAAAACACUCCAGGUAUUACCACAACAUAUCGAGAUCAAAAUGGAAAUCUCAUAACUCAGGUAAAAAAAGAAACUUUUAAUAAGGAAAAUGGUCAAAGCUCUCAUGCAUUUGAAAUCCAAGAGAGUAAACAACUUCCAAAUGGGUAUUCGAAAAGUUUCAAAAAAGAAUAUUCAUCAUCUGGUGUAAUAGGAUCUCAACCUACUACAUUUAUUCAAAAACCAUUGAAUACAGAAAAAUAUUAUAAUAGUGAACAACUAUCAAAUGGAGAAUCAAGCUCAUACGGAUCUUUCCAAAAUUAUCAAGGACAAUCAAUACCUGCUAAUAUAGGAAAUGUAGGAAUUAAAUCAAAUUUUAAAUCAACAGUUGAUCAAAGUUUGACUAAUGUACCUGGAGUUACUACAACAUUUAGAGACCAAAAUGGAAACAUUGUUACUCAGGUAAAAAAAGAAAUAGUAACCAAUAAUGAUGGUCAAAAUGGUCGUGUAACAGAAUUCGAAGAAACAAAACAACUUCCAAAUGGAUAUUCGAAAAGUUUCAGAAAAGAAUAUUCAUCUUCUAGCGUAAUAGGAUCUCAACCUACUACAUUUAUUCAAAAACCAUUGAAUACAGAAAAAUAUUAUAAUAGUGAACAACUAUCAAAUGGAGAAUCAAGCUCAUACGGAUCUUUCCAAAAUUAUCAAGGACAAUCAAUACCUGCUAAUAUAGGAAACGUAGGAAUUAAAUCAAAUUUUAAAUCAACAGUUGAUCAAAGUUUGACUAAUGUACCUGGAGUUACUACAACAUUUAGAGACCAAAAUGGAAACAUUGUUACUCAGGUAAAAAAAGAAAUAGUAACCAAUAAUGAUGGUCAAAAUGGUCGUGUAACAGAAUUCGAAGAAACAAAACAACUUCCAAAUGGAUAUUCGAAAAGUUUCAGAAAAGAAUAUUCAUCAUCUAGUGUAGUUGGUAUUCAGCCAACAUUGAUUAAGGUCAAUACUACUGAAAAAAAUACAUAUUUACCACAACAAAUUAUACAAGGGGAAACAGAAAAAUUUAAUGGUUACAACACAUUUUUUAACAACAAAAAAUAUACAAUAGAACCGAACAGCCCAAUUAAUUCUCAAGUAUUUAAUAAUAAAAAACAAUCAAUAGAAACAAUAGAAACCACUGGAACACUUAAGAGCAAUUCAUUUGGUGUUAACACUAACAAUCAAAUUGACUGUGAUCAAGGGCCUUCUAGUACUUAUCCGUCAAAUCAAGAUUUUAAACAACAACCAAUUAACACAAAUUAUUCACCAGUUAGUCAACAAGCAAAAGUUAAUAUCAAUCAUUUUUCAACACAAACACAAGCGGAAGUCGGUCAACAAUCAGUAGAUUUACACGGAUAUACAAGACCUUCUCAAAUAGGACAACAGUCUGUAGACAAUAGUAACUUAUAUGUACCAAACAAACCAAAAAAUCAAAAGUUUGAAAAAAUUGAGUCAUUUUCCACACAAACACAAGAAGAAGUCGGUCAACAAUCGGUUGAUUUACACGGAUAUACAAGGCCUUCUCAAAUAGGACAACAAUCUGUAGACAUUAGUAACUUAUAUGUACCAAAAAAGCCAAAUAGCCAGAAGUUUGAAAAAAUUGAGUCAUUUUCCACACAAACACAAGAAGAAGUCGGUCAACAAUCGGUAGAUCUACACGGAUAUUCAAAACCAUCUCAAAUAGGACAACAGUCUGUAGACAUUAGUAACUUAUAUGUACCAAAUAAACCAAAUAAUCAGAAGUUUGAAAAAAUUGAGUCAUUUUCCACACAAACACAAGCGGAAGUCGGUCAACAAUCGGUUGAUUUACAUGGAUAUACAAGGCCUUCUCAAAUAGGACAACAAUCUGUAGACAUUAGUAACUUAUAUGUACCAAAAAAACCAAAUAGCCAGAAGUUUGAAAAAAUUGAGUCAUUUUCCACACAAACACAAGCGGAAGUCGGUCAACAAUCGGUUGAUCUACAUGGAUAUACAAGACCUUCUCAAAUAGGACAACAGUCUGUAGACAUUAGUAACUUAUAUGUACCAAAAAAGCCAAAUAAUCAGAAGUUUGAAAAAAUUGAGUCAUUUUCCACACAAACACAAGAAGAAGUCGGUCAACAAUCAGUAGAUUUACACGGAUAUACAAGACCUUCUCAAAUAGGACAACAGUCUGUAGACAAUAGUAACUUAUAUGUACCAAACAAACCAAAAAAUCAAAAGUUUGAAAAAAUUGAAUCCUUUUCCACACAAACACAAGCGGAAGUCGGUCAACAAUCAGUUGAUUUACAUGGAUAUACAAAUCCUUCUCAAAUAGGACAACAAUCUGUAGACAUUAGUAACUUAUAUGUACCAAAAAAGCCAAAUAAUCAGAAGUUUGAAAAAAUUGAGUCAUUUUCCACACAAACACAAGCGGAAGUCGGUCAACAAUCGGUAGAUCUACACGGAUAUACAAAUCCUUCUCAAAUAGGACAACAGUCUGUAGACAUUAGUAACUUAUAUGUACCAAAUAAACCAAAUAAUCAGAAGUUUGAAAAAAUUGAGUCAUUUUCCACACAAACACAAGCGGAAGUCGGUCAACAAUCGGUUGAUUUACACGGAUAUUCAAAACCAUCUCAAAUAGGACAACAGUCUGUAGACAUUAGUAACUUAUAUGUACCAAAUAAACCAAAUAAUCAGAAGUUUGAAAAAAUUGAGUCAUUUUCCACACAAACACAAGCGGAAGUUGGUCAACAAUCAGUUGAUUUACAUGGAUAUACAAGGCCUUCUCAAAUAGGACAACAAUCUGUAGACAUUAGUAACUUAUAUGUACCAAAUAAACCAAGUAGCAAAAAGUUUGAAAAAAUUGAGUCCUUUUCCACACAAACACAAGAGGAAAUCGCUCAACAAUCUGUUGAUUUACACGGAUAUACAAGGCCUUCUCAAAUAGGACAACAGUCUGUAGACAUUAGUAACUUAUAUGUACCAAAUAAACAAUAUGGAAAUGUAAACUUUCAAUCAUCAAAAUUAUCGUCACAAACUGGACAAUUAUCAACAGGUAAUGAUGAACCUAUUAACUCUAAAUAUAACAGUGUCUUCGAUAAACUAGGGCAAUUAGAACAUGAAAUUCUUGGUGCAAAAAGUACAGUGAACAUAAACAAGGGAAAUGUACAAACCACUUAUUCCACUAACCAUAAUGUAAAAAGUAUGCCUGUGCAAACAAGUCAUCAAGAAUCCAAUUUUUCAAAAAAAAUAAAUGAAAACACACAAUAUAUAGAACCAGAAUCUGAAAUAGCCUUUUCUAAGUCUUUUCAACAAAAAGAUUCAAAAUUAGUAAUACAACAAGAUGCAAUUGAAAAUCCUACAUCAAAUACGGAACACUUUUCAGAAAAUCCAACUACACCAUCUUCCGUCUGGAAAAAAAUUGGAGAUAAAUUCAAAGGUACCAUAGAAAAUGCAAAAAACAAAGCCCAACAACUAGCAUCUAAUAUUAAUGAUAAAGUAGGCUUUUCAAGUGUAACUGGAAACCCGUGUUAAGCAUUGUUAACGUUAAUAAUAUUUAUAUGUCUUUUAAUUUAUUUUAAGUUUAUUUAUUUUUGACUAAAUGUAAAAUUAUAAAAUUGUUUUCCAUUAUGUAAAUAUUUGAAAUGUAUUUAAUAAUAACAAUUUUUAAACUUUUUAUUUAUAUAAAUUUAUUGUAUUGAGGUUAAUACACUAAUAAAAAUAUUAUGAUAACCUA